AUGGUUGAGUAUGACCGUCUUAAUUUCAUCUGCCACAAUCAAGAUCAACUCAGGGCAGAGUUGUACAAAAAUAUAAUACAUGCAUGGGAUAAAGGUGAAGAUGCAACAGUUAGAAUUGCAAAGUGUGUUAUUAUUCCUUCUUCAUUCACAGGAGGACCUAGAUAUAUGGCUGGGAAUUAUGUUUGUACAAUGGAAUUUCAAAAACACGGACUCCCUCAUACUCAUAUUCUGUUGUUCUUGCACCCUUCUAACAAGCCUAACAAUGGACUUGAUAUUGAUAGAUUGAUUUCAGCAGAAAUUCCUAACAAGAAAACCCAUCUUUCUCUAUUUGUUGCUGUCACAAGUUACAUGAUGCAUGGUCCCUGUGGUGCUAACAAUUACAAGUCACCUUGCAUGAAGGAGGGAAAGUACACAAAGAAAUUUCCCAAGGGUUUUUGUUCUCGUAUGAUUAUUAAUGAUGACAGAUUUCCUCAUUAUAAGAGAAGAGAUAAUGGGAGGGUUAUGAAGAAAAAUGGUGUUGAACUUGAUAAUCGUUUUGUUAUGCCUUAUAAUGCAAAACUCCUUUUAAAGUAUCAGGCUCAUAUUAAUGUUGAAUAUACCUGUCAGAGCAGUGCUAUUAAAUAUCUUUUUAAAUACAUUCAUAAAGGGAAUAAUAGAGUUACUGCUGCUAUACAUCAUUCAGAUGAUGAAAUUAAAAUGUUUUACGAUUGUAGAUGCAAUUCUUACUGCAGAACAAAUAAAAACAUAACACUUGCUGAAAUUGAUAAAGUGCUACAGAGUAAUAGAAAAUGUCUUUCUGAUUACCCUUCAAUGCCCUGCAUCACUGGUGAAUCUUUGCUUGAUAUGCAAAAUCGCUUAGUGCUUGAUGAAUUACUAUAUGACAGAUUUUUUUGUGUGGAAGAACAUAAAAGACUAAUGAGUUCCCUCACAGAUGAGCAAAAAUUUGUUUAUGACAAGAUAAUUUCAGCAGUUUCAGUGGGUACAUGGGGAUUCUUUUUUCUGUACGGCUUUGGCGGUACAGGAAAAACAUUUAUUUGGAAUACAUUGUCAGCAUCCAUUAGAUCAAAAGGCAUAUUUGUACUUAAUGUCGCUUCUAGCGGAAUUGCAUCACUUAUGCUUCCUGGAGGCCGGACAGCACACUCUAGAUUUCGUAUUACAAUUCAGAUCACUGAGGAUUCAACUUACAAAACACUUAGAGAUGUUCUUAGAUUUUCUGAUUCAAGCUUUGUUGAUAAACCAUUUGGUGGGAAAGUUGUUGUUUUUGGGGGUGACUUCAGGCAAAUAUUACUUGUUGUCCCUCAUGGAAGCAGACAAGAUAUAGUCCAUGCAACCAUUAAUUCUUCUUAUCUUUGGUCUCAUUGUCAUUUAUUAACUUUGACCAAGAACAUGCGGCUUAGUUCUGGAAGUGAAAUUCACAAUUUAAUGGAAAUAAAGGAAUUUUUUGACUGGCUUCUUAAAGUCGGGUAUAGUGUUCUUGGAGAUGAUGUGGAUGGAGAAUCUAUUAUAACAAUUCCAGAGGAAUUAUUGAUUAAAGAAUCACCGGAUCCACUUUCAGAUUUGAUUGAUUUUGUGUACCCUGAUAUCUUGGAUCAUAUUUUAGAACCCACAUUUUUUAAAGAACAUGUCAUUCUGACUCCAAAAUUGGCAGAUAUCUUAAAUACCUUCUCCUGUUCUGGGCUCCCUGAUCAUAAAUUAAUUUUGAAGGUUAAAGUUUCGGUCAUGCUAUUGAGAGAUAUUGACCAAUCAAAAGGUUUAUGCAAUGGAACAAGAUUGCUUAUUACAAGAUUAGGCCAUCAUGUUGUUGAGGCAACUAUUCUGACAGGAAGCAAUAUAGGAGAAAAUGUGUUAAUCCCUAGAAUGACAAUGAUUUCCUCAAGUCAUUCCUUUCGUGUAAAUUUUCAAAGAAGACAAUUUCCCCUUGUCGUUUCGUUUGCCAUUACAAUCAAUAAGAGUCAAGGACAAUCACUUUCUCAUGUUGGAAUUUAUCUGCCUAGGCCAGUCUUUACUCAUGGGCAAUUAUAUGUGGCACUAUCCAGAGUAAAGAGCAAAAAGCGAUUGAAGAUUUUGAUACUUGAUGAUGAUGGUUGUGUUACAAACAGUACCUUUAACAUAGUCUACAAAGAAGUAUUUCAUAGAUUACUGUAG